GAGGGAGUGAGAUAUGCUAUUUAAAUGAAACUCGAUUAAGUUUAUAUUCCCAGGUUGGUGAUAUUGGCAAUUUUAGACGCUUAUCAUAUCUUGCUUCACAGGCGUAUUUUGGCGGGUAGAUUUUGUGGGAACAUAAGACUUUUUGCCUUUAACAUUUUUUUCUUUAAUAAUAAUUACUUGUUAAUAUCGUUUGUGAUAUGUUAAUAUUGAGAUCUGAUUGAGAUUCCCUUUUGCUGAGGCUCAUUUUGUUCAACCAUAACAUCUGUCAACUUUUUUACGAUCUAGUAAAACUAGUAAUCUGAAUAUUUACUUUAAUAAAAAAAAUGUUUGACUCUCUCUCUAAACUUCUUAAAAACAGACAAACCAGUCUGAGCCGCAUGUCCAAACAUGGGUAAAGUGAAUUUAAAAAGAAAAUGUGUAAUAAAACUAGCCACUUCAACUAUUAAAACAUUUUUAAUCAUUCAGUUGUAUAGUUGACAAAGAGAAGACAUGCAUAAACUGGACGUAAAAAUCAUGAUUAUUCAAUUGCUUUGCACUAGCUUGACAACAGAGGCUGCGUCAUGAACUGCAAGCAGCUUAAGCUCAUUAUCUUCUUUUCAGACAGCAGCAUGUUUCUUUGGAAUAACGGACGAUGUUAUCAAUCAAAACCCUUUCAGAGACUUUUGAUGGAGAGUGUUGGAUAUCUGUUAAGUGUUGUUUACUGCUUGCCUGUUUGUAUGUUGGGAGUUUGUAUGUAUGGAGGGGCAACUUACCCAGGUAGUGAUGAAGCUGUAUCUGUAAAGCACUGGGCUAUUAUUUGUCUAAUUGAAGAACAGUUCAGUCGCAGUUUAAAAUGUUUCAAUGAUGCCAUAUGCUCUUUUUUUUUCAUUCUUUAGGGAUCACCCAAACACAAUAAAAAGGCGUUUUAUCAGUGUUUUGUGUGUGUCAGCUGUUUCACCACUGGUUGUACUGGCAUGGACUCAUUACAUGAAAGUCAGGCCAAGUCCACCAUUGUGGGCCCUGCUGGGCAUUCGUCUAGAGGGCUUUGUGCCUGCCACUCUGCUGCCGCUGACACUCACUAUGGUGCUUUUUCUUGGACCUCUGACCCAGUUGGCAAUUGAGAGCCCAAGAGGACUUUUUCAUGAAAUUAAAACAGCCUUGAAUUCUCGGUCUUGGAGCAAGUGUGUGAAGGAUUUACGAUGGCUGAGGAACCACGUGGUGGCUCCAUUAACAGAGGAGUUCGUCUUUCGAGCGUGUAUGAUUCCCAUGUUGGUACCAUGCAUCGGUCCCACUGCUGCCAUCUUCAUCAGUCCGCUCUUCUUCGGUGUGGCACAUUUCCAUCAUAUCAUUGAACAGCUUCGCUUUGGACAAGACACUGUGUUUGAGAUACUAAUUUGUGCAGCUUUCCAGUUCACUUAUACCUCAAUUUUUGGAGCUUACACUGCCUUCAUAUUCAUAAGGACAGGUCAUCUGGUGGGACCCGUGUUGUGCCACUCGUUUUGCAACUGGAUGGGUUUUCCUGCCAUUGGCUCAGUUUUACUCCACCCACAGAGGCCUGUGAUUCUGUUCUUUUACCAGAUGGGUGUUCUGCUCUUCCUCAUCCUCCUCUUCCCCUUCACAGAUCCUGCUUUCUACGGCAUGACCCCCAUCUGCAGUCUACUGCUUACACCUCGCUCUGCCUGCACAUGACACAUCUUCACGGUGCCUGAGUGGAAAUGUACCUUAAAAUAUUUAAAAACAUGAUGGGGCAAGAGAUCCCUUCCUGAGAGCAUCAAAGACAGUAAAUGUAGCAUGUUGCUUUCAUGCAAAAGACUCAUGAAAGCAUACAUUCAUCAGCAUAGAUGCUAAGUUAAUGACUGUCAUAUUUCAUUUAUUUGCUUUUUUGUGGUAAUAGUUUUCAAAUUGGAGUGUAGAUCAGUGGCUCAUUCGAAUGAUUUAUUUUUUCAUGUUUGCCCCUUAUUUCUCUUUCAUUCAAUUAAAGUGCAGUUAUCAGCUGUCAUGCUGUUAAAUUAAAACCAGAUGCUGAUGUGUAUAUAGUAGAGGAGAUGCCAUUCAACAUUUAACACAGAUCUCAGUUGAGCAGCAUUCUCUGCCUUGUGUUCUAAAAGAAUUUUCAUUUACAUUGGGUACCAUUACAUUUAAACCCUUAUAUUGAAUGGUAUCCAUCAUGUCCAAUGAUUCUUUGUGUGAAUUUAAUUUCCAGGUAAACAAUCAGCUAUACUGCGAAUGAGCUUUUCGUCACUUCAUCAUAAAAGCUAAGAUGAGGUGUCUGAAAUUCUAACCACCAUCCGAAGGUUAUAUAUUGAUACUGUAUGUAAGUGUAUGUACAUUCAUUGUUGUGUAAAUAGUUACCCUUGCUGUUUAUAAUUUAUUAUCAUGUACACUACCCUUCUAAAUUUUUUGGUCAGUAAGCUUUUUUGGUCCCACUUUAGGUGACUUUAACUAUACUAACAAUUAAAUUAAUAAUUACCUGCAUGUAAAUACAUCUGUAAUUACAGCUAUAAUUACACUGUUCACCCUU